UGAAAAUCAAAAAAUUGAUGAAAUUAUAAAAGAAACGCAGAUGAAUUCAAAAACUGCAAUUGAUUUCGUGGAGUGGAUCCCAUAUGAACAGUUUGAAAAAAUAGAAAAGAUCUGUCAAGGUGGAUUCAGAACUAUUUAUAGCGCAUUUUGGAUACAAGGUCCGCUUUCCAUGCUUGCAAAUGAAUUCAAGCAAACUGGAAAAAUUCAAGUUGCAUUAAAGAGUGGUAUUUCUCCAGAACAUUUGGAGGAGGAAACUUGGUUGACAGAUACAAUUCAUCAAUUUUUAGAAUCUGCUGUGCAUGAUAUUCCUGGGCUGUCUGUUCACUCCACAUGUGCUACUCUUUUGAGGCACCUCAGAAAUGAAGAAAAUCGUAAACCAGACAGAACUACAAUCAGAACUAUAAGAUUAAAACUUGAAGACAAUCAGUUCAAAAUUCUAUACGUAGAAGUUGCAAACCCAGAAUUAAAAGGAAGAAAGUGUCAAGAAGAUGCAGAAAAACUCCAGCAGCUUAUAAAACUAAAUCUUGAUGAACUUUUAAGAAACUUUCAACAUAUAUAUAGAAAUAAAGACAUUGCAAAAAAAAUUUAUGAUAAUCCCCUUAUUACAAUUCAAUUUACUC